ACCGCCAUUAAACCUCGAAGAAGACGAACUUCAACGUGUAUCAGCUGAGCUGGCUGAAACUGCUGCCUGUCUGUAAUUUUACAACACAAACUAUUGAGAUGGAGAAUGAUAUUCUCGUGUCUCUUGAGGAUCUAGGGUACCAAGGCCCUCUGUUGGAGGACGGAGCUCUGGAGUCUUCAGUCAGUGGAGGAGCAGCUUCACCAGAGUUCACAAAGCUCUGUGCCUGGAUUGUCUCAGAGCUCAGACUUUACCUCAAACUGGAAGAAAAUGUCCACGCCACCAACUGUCCAAGUGAGGCCGAGAGCUUUCAGCUGGAGAUGAGUGGUCUUCUGUCGGAGCUUGUUUGUCCUUACGCCAUCCUCACCAGCGAAAACAUCACCCAGAGGUUCCUCAGAAGGAAUGACUGUCUGCUGCUCCUCACCUUUUUAGUGUCCGAGUUGGAGGCGUCCAGAAUGAUCCUGGUCAACAAGCCUCAGAAGAAAGCUCAGGAGUCCGGCAGCCCCGCCUUCCAGGAACUGAAGGGGAUCUGCAUGACACUGGGAAUGUCCAAGCCUCCACCCAACAUCACCAUGUUCCAGUUCUUCAGUGGAAUCGAGAAGAAGUUGAAAGAAGCCACAAGUCGAGUCCCGCCGAAUCACAUUGGAGAGCCACUGAUGAAAAAGCUCCUUGGACCUGUGCACCUGGAAAAAAUCGAGGCUAUAAACCAAGCACUUGUAAACGAGUAUGAUGUAAGAAGGAAGAUGUUGCUGAAACGACUCGAUGUGACGGUUCAGUCCUUUGGUUGGUCCGACAGAGCAAAGACGCAGGCUGAGAAGUUGGCUAAAGUGUACCAGCCACUGCGUUCUGCCCUGAACACCAAAAGUCAAAUCUCUGUCGCUUGUCUUCUUGCUGUACGACAAGAUUUCUCCAAGAUCCUUCGAACGAGCAGCGGCAAAAUAAGAGAGAAGACCGCUUGUGCCAUAAAUAAGGUUCUCAUGGGCCGAGUGCCCGACAGGGGCGGCAGACCCUGCGAGAUCGAGCCUCCCCCUCCAGAAAUGCCCUCCUGGCAGAAGCGUCAGGAUGCCCCCCAAGGAGGAGGACACGGAGGUGGCAGAGGGGGCUAUGAUAACUACUCCCAAGGAAACCGUGGAGGCUAUGAGAGAGGAGGUGGAGGAGGACACGAGGACAGGGGAGGGAGAGGAGGAGGUGGGAGAGGGGGGAAGGUGCAGGGAAAUUGGGGGGACGGAAGGGGAAGGGGGGGUUACAACCAGGGCCACUAUCAAGAAACGGGAGGUCACCACGGGGGAGGAGGGAGAGGAGGAUACAGCCGAGGAGGCUUUCAAGAUUCCGGCUAUCAUGGAGGAGGAGGAGGUGGAGGGGGUUACCACAACAAUUACAGCCAAGAUGGCGGGGGCUGGCACCAGGAGAGGGGAGGGGGCCGUGGAGGUCGGGGGGGCAGGGGGAGAGGAGGACAAGGAGGUGGCUGGGGUGGCAGAGGGGGUCAGAAUUUUAAUCAAGGGGGACAGUUUGAACAGUUCUUCCAACAUGGAGGGCAACAGUACGGCCAGUCUGGCUUCAGUCAGGGCAGAAACUUCAGCAGCUGAAGACGAGAGCAGGUCCUCUGAACUGACGGAGCAGCUGCUCACAUGCAGCCACUCAUCCAUUCACACUCUGGCUCCAGACUGUCACAGGUUUGCAGUUUCUCUCUCUUUCUUUUUUACCUCAGAGUUCAAACCCCACAUUUUUAAUGUAAAGGUGAAGUCGAUCAGUUGAGCUCUGCUGUUUUGACCUCGCCUCAAAACUUUGUCAGCCUUAUUAAAAAAAACAACCCUCCCUGAAAGCAUACGUUUGUCAUCAUGGUUUAGUUUUGGUGCACCUGCUACGUACACUUCUUCAUUACCUGUAGGUUGCACUGACUGGGGUUAUUACUUGAAAACAUUUUUUUUUCUAAUCCUCAUUUUGUUUCCAUAUGUU